CUUCCUUUUCGGUUCUUUGGGUAAAAUCUUUUCUUUUUCCAACGUCAUUCUAUCUCCUGCAUGGCUAUUUUGGAGAUCGCCAUUUCUCUCCCUUCCAUCUUUCUAUAUAAACCAUUGACUGGGGUUCAGUUGACACAGCCAUCUCCAAACACUGACAUAUUUGACUAAAACUCGGAAGGAGGACACAGUUGCUCCAGGACCCUAGUGCUAAUAUUAGUAGAACCGAAGGUUCAUUACUAGAAGAGCAUAUGCCUGGGGACAAGUACAACAGUAAUUCAUCCCGCAUCCCAAAUCGAGUUGAACGGCUCUUGAGAGAAAGGGAGCUAAGGAAGAAUAGCAGGGCCUCCCACUUGAAUGAAGCAAAUGAUAACAAUAGGGUGACUCAACCAUUUGAGCCUGACUUGCAGUUAAGAGAAGAUGAAAACUCAAAAGUUGCCUAUGUUGAACAAUUCUUGGAAGGGGCUGCAGCUGCGAGGGCGCUUACUGAUGGAUGUGAAAAGCAAGAAGGGCGGCCUCUCAAACAACGACAACGACUGUUGGUUGUCGCCAACAGGUUACCCGUCUCUGCUGUUAGGAGAGGUGAAGAUUCAUGGUCUCUGGACGUAAGUGCUGGGGGUCUGGUCAGUGCCCUUUUAGGUGUAAAGGACUUUGAAGCAAAGUGGAUUGGUUGGGCAGGGGUAAAUGUGCCAGAUGAAAUUGGGCAGAAGUCACUUACUAAAGCUCUAGCUGAGAAGAGGUGUAUCCCUGUUUUUCUUGAUGAGGAGAUUGUUGAUCAAUAUUACAAUGGAUAUUGCAACAACAUUUUGUGGCCCCUUUUCCAUUACCUUGGACUUCCACAAGAAGAUCGACUUGCCACCACCCGGAGUUUCCAGUCGCAGUUUGCUGCAUAUAAGAAGGCAAAUCAAAUGUUUGCUGAUGUGGUCAAUGAGCACUAUUUGGAGGGUGAUGUAGUUUGGUGCCAUGAUUACCAUCUUAUGUUUCUUCCAAAAUUCCUGAAGGAUUACAACAGCAAAAUGAAAGUUGGUUGGUUUCUCCACACCCCAUUUCCUUCUUCUGAAAUCCAUAGGACACUGCCAUCACGAUCAGAGCUUCUCCGUUCAGUUCUUGCAGCUGAUUUAGUCGGUUUCCACACUUAUGACUAUGCACGGCACUUUGUUAGUGCUUGCACUCGCAUUCUUGGACUUGAGGGUACACCUGAAGGAGUAGAGGAUCAAGGGAGGCUUACUCGAGUGGCUGCGGUCUGUAUCUAUCUAAUUACUACCUGCUCCUUUUUUGCACUUUAAUUCUGUUAACAUUCUUCAUUACAGGUAAUGUUAGGUGUCGAUCGCCUUGAUAUGAUUAAAGGAAUUCCACAAAAGAUACUGGCAUUUGAAAAGUUUCUUGAGGAAAACCCAAGUUGGCGUGACAAAGUGGUUUUGCUGCAAAUUGCGGUGCCAACAAGAACGGAUGUUCCAGAGUAUCAAAAACUUACAAGCCAGGUUCAUGAAAUUGUUGGGCGAAUUAAUGGCAGAUUUGGAACUUUGACUGCUGUCCCAAUACAUCACCUGGAUCGUUCCCUUGACUUUCAUGCUUUAUGUGCACUAUAUGCAGUUACAGAUGUAGCACUUGUCACAUCCCUGAGAGAUGGAAUGAAUCUUGUCAGUUACGAGUUUGUGGCAUGCCAAGAUGCAAAGAAAGGGGUCCUCAUUCUUAGUGAGUUUGCUGGUGCCGCACAGUCUCUAGGUGCUGGUGCAAUUCUAGUGAACCCGUGGAACAUCACAGAAGUUGCCAAUUCAAUUGCCCAAGCAUUAAAUAUGGCCUCUGAAGAAAGAGAGAAGCGGCAUAAGCAUAACUUUAUACACGUGGCAACCCACACUGCCCAGGAAUGGGCCGAAACGUUUGUAAGUGAACUUAACGACACUGUCGUAGAGGCACAGAUAAGGACUAGACAGGUGCCACCACCACUUCCAAACAAGGAGGCAAUUGAAAGAUAUUCGAAAGCAAGUAAUCGAUUGAUCAUACUGGGAUUCAACGCAACAUUAACCGAACCAGUGGACACACCUGAGAGACGAGGUGAUCAAAUAAAAGAAAUGGAACUUAAACUGCACCCAGAGUUGAAAGAAACCUUGUCAGCACUCUGCAAUGAUCCACAAACAACUAUUGUUGUUCUCAGCGGGAGUGCCACAUAUGUUUUAGAUGAUAACUUCGGGGAGCUUGACAUGUGGUUGGCAGCUGAAAAUGGGAUGUUUUUGCGCCUAACGAAGGGAAAAUGGAUGACAACAAUGCCCGAACAUUUGAAUAUGGAAUGGGUUGAGAGUGUGAAGCAUGUUUUUGAGUAUUUCACGGAGAGAACACCCCGGUCACAUUUGGAUGACCGUGAAACUUCACUUGUGUGGAAUUAUAAAUAUGCAGAUGUUGAUUUUGGAAGACUUCAAGCAAGAGAUAUGCUGCAGCAUCUCUGGACUGGUCCAAUUUCUAAUGCAUCUGUUGAUGUUGUUCAAGGUAGCCGGUCUGUAGAGGUGCGACCAGUUGGUGUCACAAAGGGUGCAGCAAUUGACCGUAUAUUGGGAGAGAUAGUUCACAGUAAAUCUAUGACAACACCCAUUGAUUAUGUGCUGUGUGUUGGACAUUUUCUUGGAAAGGAUGAAGAUGUUUACACCUUUUUUGAGCCGGAUCUUCCGCCUGAGCAGAUGGGCCUUCCGAGAAAGAUGACUGAUGGACAAAAGUUACCUAGUGAGAGAAGAUCUUCAUUGAAGGUUCCAUCAAAUAAAAGUGCCUCAAAAUCAGCUCAGAGCAAGACACAACGACCUUUACUAAAUCCUGAGAAGAAUGCGACUCACAGCAAUGGGAAUGCACGAUGGCCGUCUCCUGAGAAGACUUCAUGGAAUGUACUUGACCUAAAGAGGGAGAACUACUACUCUUGUACCGUCGGGCGGACGCGUACAAAUGCUCGAUAUCUGCUUCAGUCUUCAGAUGAUGUUGUCUCAUUUCUUAAGGAGUUGGCUGGUGCCUCUUCGGCAAGUUCUUAAUCUCAAGAUUGAGAGAUAUAAUGCUCUCAAGUUUUCGGAAAGUGUACCUUCGCUUCACUUAGAGCAUCUUCAACCAAGAAAUAACAUCUCACAUCACUCCAACCAAAUUGACAAAGCUGAUGUGGAAUAAAGGCUAGAAGUGGUUCAGCCAUUACUUUUGACAUCCCAAAAGUAAGAUGUCAAAUGAAUAUUUUAUUAUUGUUUAAAGACAGU